UCACAUCCUGUGUGCAGAUAGAAAGAUGAGUUCCUCCACAGCCAUUUCUCUCUUGCUAGCCUUGACCCUAGUACACUAUGCAUCCCUCGCCACCGCCGCCGGCCCCAGGGUCAUCAUCCUCGGCGCCGGCAUGUCCGGUAUCUCGGCAGGGAAGAGGCUGUCGGAAGCCGGGAUAACGGACCUGCUGAUUCUGGAGGCGACGGACCACGUCGGCGGCCGAAUGCACAAGGUGAACUUCGCCGGCAUCAACGUGGAGAUGGGCGCCAACUGGGUGGAGGGCGUGAACGGUGGCAAGAUGAACCCCAUCUGGCCCAUCGUUAACUCCACCCUCAAGCUCAGGAACUUCCGCUCCGACUUUGACUACCUCUCCCAGAACGUAUACAAGGAGGAUGGCGGCGUCUACGAUGAAGAUUACGUCCAGAAAAGAAUCGAGAGGGCGGAUGAGGUGGAAGAUAGUGGAGGGAAGCUCUCCGGCACGUUGCACUCCAGCGGCCGCGACGACAUGUCCAUCCUUGCCAUGCAGCGUCUCAACGAUCACCAGCCGAACGGCCCGGCCACGCCGGUGGAUAUGGUAGUGGACUACUACAAGUACGACUACGAGUUCGCCGAGCCGCCGCGCGUGACAAGCCUGCAGAACACUGUCCCUCUGCCGACGUUCAGCGACUUCGGAGAAGACGUCUACUUCGUCGCCGACCAGCGAGGCUACGAGGCCGUGGUGUACUACCUCGCUGGGCAGUACCUCAAGACCGACAAGUCCGGCAAAAUCGUCGAUCCCCGGCUCCAGCUCAACAAGGUGGUGCGAGAGAUAACCUACUCCUCGAAUGGGGUCACCGUGAAGACGGAGGACAACUCGGUGUACAGGGCAGACUAUGUCAUGGUUUCUGCAAGCUUGGGAGUCCUUCAAAGUGAUCUCAUUCAGUUCAAGCCUCAGCUACCUGCAUGGAAGGUUUCGGCGAUCUACCAAUUCGACAUGGCCGUGUACACCAAGAUCUUCGUCAAGUUCCCCAAGAAGUUCUGGCCUGAAGGGAAAGGGAGAGAGUUCUUCCUCUACGCGAGCAGCAGGAGAGGUUACUAUGGAGUAUGGCAGGAGUUUGAGGCGCAGUACCCUGACGCCAACGUCCUCCUUGUCACCGUCACCGAUGAGGAGUCGAGGCGGAUCGAGCAGCAGUCGGACAACCAGACCAAGGCAGAAAUCAUGGAGGUGCUGAGGAAGAUGUUCCCCAGCGAGGACGUCCCCGAAGCGACAGACAUCCUUGUCCCGAAAUGGUGGUCGAACAGGUUCUACAAGGGCACCUUCUCCAACUGGCCAAUUGGCGUCAACCGCUACGAAUAUGACCAGCUCAGGGCGCCGGUUGGGAGGGUUUACUUCACCGGAGAGCACACGAGCGAGCACUACAACGGAUACGUCCAUGGCGCUUAUCUUUCAGGUAUUGACUCUGCUGAAAUUCUGAUCAACUGCGCCCAGAAGAAGAUGUGCAAGUACCAUGUCCAGGGAAAGUAUGACUAGGUCAUAUUACACGGCGAAGAAAACCCCUUCUGGCCGUGGUGACCUAGUAAUAAGCUGCUCGUAGAUUUUAUUUCAGUCCAGGUUCUCCAUGAUUGAUAAACUGAGAUGUGUGGUUUGUUCUUCGAGGAAUAAGGCGACUUCAGUGGAAGGCGUCACUAUUCAGAUUGUCAUUUGUGUCUGCUAUCAUGUAUCUUCUAUUAUUUGCGACUGCUAUCAUGUAUCAUCUAUCAU